AUGAAUUCUCUGGGCGAAUUCAUUCUGACUCAACCGAACAUGACAGUGAGGCCACGUGGCGAUAUUUAUUCAUUAAACGAAGGCUACGCAAGCUAUUGGUCGCCCGCGAUCAGAGAAUAUAUUCACUCUAAGAAGUUCCCAGCCGUGAGCUCACACCUUUUUGUCUUGUUGCAUCCGGCCUUAGUGUAG